GUGUCUCGUCCCCCAGCGCGGCCCCGAAGAAGCAUGGAAGGACAGCACGCCAGAGCGCAGCGCUGCAGGUGCUCGAAGAAGCGCCUCCGCCCUGUGCAAAAGGACGAAAAGACCACGUUGCGACCAUCAGCGCAUUUGGAAAAAACAGGCAGUGGCAGCGGGCGCUGUCGCUGCUCAGCGAGAUCGUUGAGACGACAUCUUGGGCCAACGUCGUCAGCUACAGCGCGGGGAUCGGCGCGUGCGAGAAGGGUAAGCAAUGGCCGCGUGCCGUGUCGCUGCUGAGCGAGAUGCGGGAGGCCGCAGUAGAGCCCAACGUCAUCAGCUACAGCGCCGCGAUCAGCGCCUGCGGGAAAGGUGAGCAGUGGCAAUGGGCCGUGUCGCUGCUGCGAGAGACGUGGGCGGCUCAGUUGGAGCCCUACGUCAUCCAUCUACAACUCUGGGAUCAGCGCGUGCGGGAAAGGCAGGGAGUGGCAUCUGGCCUUGUCACUGCUAAGCGAGAUGCGCAAUGUGAAGCUGCAGCCGGGCGUCAUCAGCUACAGUGCCGCGACCAGCGCGUGCGAGAAAGGCGGGCAAUGGCAGUGGGCUUUAGUGGUGCUCAGAGAGAUGCACAAUGCGAGUUUGGAGCUCAGUGUGAUCCCAUCUACAUGUAA